UGCACGCUGUUGAGAUUCACGAUCUGCAGAGCUUUGGACUUGAUAAUAUCAAUAUGACGCACUAUAUCAAACAUCUCUCAUUUGGAAGGGAUUAUCCAGGCAUUGUGAACCCUCUGGAUGGGACGGAUGUCACUGCACAGCAAGCUUCCAUGAUGUUUCAGUAUUUUGUCAAAGUGGUCCCCACGGUGUAUAUGAAAGUAGAUGGUGAAGUGGUAAGGACUAACCAGUUUUCAGUUACACGACAUGAGAAAAUAGCCAACGGGCUACUAGGAGACCAGGGUCUGCCUGGUGUAUUUGUGCUAUAUGAACUGUCUCCCAUGAUGGUGAAGCUGACAGAGAAACACAGGUCCUUUACACACUUUCUCACAGGAGUCUGUGCCAUUGUUGGAGGCAUAUUUACAGUUGCAGGACUCAUUGACUCCUUGAUCUAUCACUCAGCACGUGCCAUCCAGAAGAAAAUUGAACUUGGGAAGACAACAUAAAUAAGCAACAACCUCACCCCACAAAAAAAAAACUCUAAGGAGAACUAAACAGGUUUUUCAAAACACAAGUGAUCUUCUGAGUGCACAAGAAAAGAGGUUUGGAAUUACCAGAUGGCGCUGACUGCUCUUAUGUUACUGUCCCAUCAUUCUUUUGUUUGGCAUUAAUUUGUGGAUGGAUCUGCUUGAACCUUGCUGCUAUAAAGAUUAGCCAUAUUGUCUGGCUGUGCAGACCCUACUGUAAAAACCCUUUUGUGUCAGUCCAUGUUCAUCCAGUUCCGCCCCCC